AUGGAUAUCGACGACGAAGACGAUUUCUACGCCCCGGAGGAGCCCCAAGCGGCUGCGCAGCCAGCUGCAACGGAAGCACCAGCAACAAAGAAAGAUGCGAGCGAAGAACUCGAAUCGGGCGAGGAAGAGGAUGAGGGUGGCGCGAUGGAUGAAGACGAGGAUUCAGAUAUCGACAUCAUCACAGAGCGGAAAGACUCGAACCCAGCCCCUGCACCGCAAUCCCGAUACAGCGAGAUCAAAAAUAUCCCCCAACGAACCGCGGCCUCAGAUACAAUCACACCAGCAGUACCAUCAACCUCAAGCGCCGCGAAAUCCUCUGCCGCCUCCCCCCAGCAACCCAGCGGCCCCGGCGCAGCAGCAGCAUCAUCCAACAUCCCAGCCUCCACAUCCAAAAUUGACGUCCACGCGAUCCCGGUGCACAAGCCCACAGGCAAGCCGCUUACGCAAGUCGACAUUGACAAGGACCUGCCAGCGGAGCAGGACAAGCCGUGGCGAAAGCCCGGCACCGACCUGUCGGACUACUUCAACUACGGCUUCGACGAGUUCACGUGGGCGCUGUACGCGCAGAAGCAGGAGGCCCUGCGCAGCGAGUACAACGCCGACGCCAUCGCCCUGAAUAACAAGAAAAUGAUGGAGGAGAUGACCAACAUGAUGAUGAUGGGCGGGAUGGGCAUGCAGGGGGCUGGCGGUGCGGGUGGGCCUGCUGGUGGACAGGGUGGUGUUGUGCCUGGUGCGGGGGGCGCUGCGGGCAUUCCUGGGAUGGAGGGCAUGACGCCGGAGAUGCAGCAGGCGCUGAUGCAGCAGAUGAUGGCCGGCGGGAUGGAUCCCAGCCAGGUGGAUAUGGGGGCUCUGGCCAUGUAUGGGGGAGGUGGUGGUGCCGGCGGGCCGGGACAGGGUGGGCAGGGUCAAGGCUUUGGGGGUGACUUUGGGGGGCAGGGCCAAGGGUACGGGUAUGGGCAGCAGAUGGGCGGUGGCGGCGGGGGUGGUGGGAGGGGAGGCAGAGGAAGGGGUAGAAGGUGGUAA